GAACUUCAUUAUGCCUCCUUGGGAAAAUGGCUGCUUGCACCUCUCCACCCUAGUCUAAUCGUAAUAUACUCCCCCAACACCCGCACUUUCCCUUCUCACCAUCGAUGAUCCCACCCCCUGUUUAUCUCCCCUCCCCGGUUGCUCUUGCUCUUAUUGAGACUGGAUCCAUCAUAUCAUGGCUGCUUCGGUCCUAGGCAAGCGCCAGCGGGCUGCUAUCGAGGCGGAAGUUCCAGCAUUGCCGGUGCGCAGGGCAAGCAGGCGCCGGACCCAAGCACCUCGCGUCCAGGAAGAAAGUGUACCCUCUGCACCCCAAACACGCCAACUAAGGUCAAGGACGAGGAAUGCCAGCGCUAUCCAAGAAGAAGACCAGAACGAACCCAGGGACAUCCCAGUCGAAAACGAUCAACCGAAGCGUACUGUACGAGUCAGCAAGGCUGCGUCACCUGUUAAGCGCAGUCACACUUCAGAUCCGGUUAAUGAUGAAAAUGCGACCCCAGUUGAGCUCAAAACUCCUUCAAAAUCUCGAUACCGCGAUGUGCUCGAUUCUCCCCCAAUCACACCUAAACACCGGGUCCAAAUUGGCGGGAAAUCUUUGACUCCGCGAACGCCUCGACACAUAGAAACACCGACGACUACACAGACGAUCUAUUCUCAAGCCAGGCAGCUAUUUGCGCGAGGUGCAACUUCAAGUCGAAUAGUGGGCCGAGACACUGAACGGGAUAAGUUGGUCUCGUUCAUUCAAGAUGGUAUCGCGGCACGCAAAGGUGGCUGUCUGUAUGUCAGCGGUCCUCCGGGCACCGGAAAGAGUGCAUUGGUUCAAGAGGUAUGCCACGACAUGGACUUGGAGUCUCUCAAAAUUGCACACCUCAAUUGUGCAAGCAUGCGGGGUGCCCGUGACGUCUACAGCAGGCUCAUCGGCGAUCUGUGUGACGAUCAUGAGGUGUUCAAGAAGAGCGAGGCAGACAGGGUGCAAAUGAUGUUUACAUCUGACGAAGAAGAUGACAUGUUCUUGGUCACUUUGGAUGAAAUCGACCAUCUCCUCACCGCGGAUUCUGGCAUUCUUCAGUCCCUAUUCGAGUGGUCGCUACAGGAAAAUUCGCGGCUCCUGCUCAUCGGAAUUGCCAAUGCGCUGGACUUGACUGAUCGGUCACUUCCACAGUUGAAGGCCAAGAACCUGAAACCACGCUUGCUUCCAUUUUUGCCUUAUAAUGCAGGCCAGAUUGCCGGCGUAAUCACGAAUCGUCUUCGUUCUUUACUCCCAGAAGGUCAAACGGUGGAACCCAGUUUCAUUCCUUUCGUCCAACCAGCAGCCAUCCAGUUAUGCUCCAAGAAGGUGGCAUCACAAACCGGUGAUCUACGGAAGGCAUUCGAACUGGUUAAGCGCGCCAUUGAUCUUAUCGAACAGGAAGCACUCCGAAAGCUCGAGACCCAAACCGCCAACACCGAGAGUCCUUCCAAGACCAUUCUCGCUGAGAAUAACAAUCUUUCGUCGUCUUCAAAAACAUCUGCAUCUAAGCAAACCCCUACAAUGACUUAUACUGCAAUCACGGCGCCACGAGCCAGUAUUGCGCACGUUGCACGAAUUACUUCAUCGGCUUUCGGACAGGGAACGGUCCAACGACUCCAAUGCCUUAAUCUCCAGCAGAAGGCAGCCAUCUGUGCCUUGAUCGCCCUUGACCGGAAGCGGCGGCAAGGGGAGUUUCCGGCCACACCAUCAAAGACCAAAUACUUGGCCCCGACGAUCAAGCAAGUAUACGACACAUACUGUACCUUAUGUCGGCAAGACAAUAUCUUGCAUCCUUUGACAUCUACCGAGUUCAAAGACGUGCUCAGCAACUUGGAAACAUUGGGCCUUGUUGGUGAAUACCAAGGCCGAGGCCGAGGUGGCACUCUCGCUGGGGGCUCGGAUUUGAGGCGCAGCCCUUCAAAGUCUCACGGCUCAAUGACCCCUAGUCGAGCGUUGGAUGAGCAGAGUCUGGUUUGUUUCGUCUCCCAAAAAGAGAUCGAGACUCAGGUCACUGGACCAGGAGAAGGCAUCCUUAGAAGGCUUCUCACAGGCCAAGGGCUAUAAAACACUCCUUUGAUUUCUUUUGUGUAAUAAAACCAGCAUACUUGGUCGUGCGGGGCCUACUGCGGGCAGUUGUUCCGUUCUAUUGGUGUUGGAUACGGGGUACAGAUGCACAUAACGUUUAGCGAGACUUUCAGCAUUGGCAUACGGCGUUACAUACAUAGAACCUAUAAGAUAUGAUAAUGACAGCUUACAAUAAAUAUCAUGAUGCAUGAAAAUGGAAGCAGAUCGUAGAUUUUUCUACAUGCUCAAAUCAAAGCACGUUGAGUCUUGAUAAGAUGCUAUACAAUGGAAUCCGCAAAGGUCGCUUGUAGAGGAAAACCAAACGAGUUGGCAAGACAAGACAAGUCAAGUCAAGAGAGGGUGAGACAUACAAGAUGAAUAGCUAUGCAUA